AUGGCGGAAGAAGAUGGCUACAACUCCGGAUACGAUUCCGCUCUCAUCUGGAGUGACGAUCCAGAAGAUGCUUAUUUCAGAUCCAUGCAACAAACGGGAGCGAUAGAAUCGGACAGCGUGAUGGGCGACAGUACCCUCGCUGGUAUGAUGGAUACUCCAACUGUCAUGAAUUCGGAACCUAAAAAUGAAUUUGGCGAUGGUUUGAGUUGGGGUGGUCCAGCUGAUCAAUAUGGGGACAAGAGAUCUCGACUGGGAGGGGCUACUGGAGGUCAAUCACCGGGGCGGAACGGCUGGGAUGCUUCUGAUUCAUCCUUGGCAUACACGGUUCCUUCGCAGCAUGGCGGUCGGAGUACUACUGAUUCGAUGGGAUUUAGCGUUGCAGGAAGCAAGAGCACCAACAGUAACAGUGCUUCCCAAUCGACAUCCACGAGUAGAAGAUUAAGGGAUCCUGAUGUUCAGAGUACCACAGAUUCGCUUGGAUUUAGUCAUGCCAGUGGCAUGGCGAAACCGGCAAGGACGACGGGACCCUAUACUGCUUCUGAGCAUGGUAGUUCUAGUGGAUCCAGCGACCUGACUGGGAUCAAAAUGAGUGCUCGUGCAUACCCAGAAUCCAUUGGUGUAGGAAAUGCAGACAUGGAACAAAAUUUGAAGAACGCAAAAGAGGCAUUCCGCAGUCACAACUCGCCACAUGUACCAACUGGUGGAAAGAACGAUGCCUCGCAUCACAGAACUACCGAUUCUGGUGACUUUAGUAGAACCAGCGAUUUGACUGGAAUCAAAUCGAACGGUACCACAUACUCCGUGGUUCCUAGGAGCGUCAUGGAACAGGAUACACACAGCACUACUGAAUCGUCACUUGGAAUGAGCAUGUCGCAUCACCCGGACCACAUUGCAGCAGGUGGAGCCAUGAGCUCUGCCGAACCCGAUAUGAAUGAUAGCACUACAGAUUCGCUUGGAUUUGGCGGUGCGAGUACGAAGUCGGGAAGUCAUACCAGCCGGAAACCUGUAAUCGUUGAUCCAAACGGAGAUGUGGAACCUGAUGUUCGUAGUAGUGCAGAUUCAUAUGGUUUCAGCAAAUCCACUGGCACAGUUUAUACGACAACGGAUGCAACUGUGGCUUCGUUUGACCACGAUUUAAGAAGUAACACUGAUUCGUAUGGAUUUAACAGAACCAGAACAAUGCCAGUGACCAAGCCAGAUGACGUUGACGCCGUUGCUGAAACCCCCGUGAUUGCGAACAGACCACCAAUGGAACCAGCAGAUGUUACAAGUAUGACAGAUUCGUAUGGUUUUAAUAGAUCCAGGACGAUUCCAGUCAACGUACCGAUUGCUAGCGCUGCUCCCACUCCUGUCAUAGCCAACAGACGACCCAUGCAACCAGCAGCUGGGGCUUCUACCACCACAGACUCUUAUGGUUUCGCCGCCGCUAGUGGAGUGGAAAACAGUUUGAGAAGUGCGAGUGUGGCAAGUACCAUGCAGGGGUCGCAUUUGCAAAGAUCAGAGCCUGAACGAAGUGUGGUGCCAGUGCCUUCUUCUGAUAAAGAAAACAGCAAAAGGAGUGAAAUGUCGGAUUCGUAUGGCUUCGUGAAGAGUGAUACAAUGCCGAUAUCCAAUAAGUCUCCUCGUAAAUCUAGGAAUCCGGGCUCUUCUGGUGGUCAAUGGACAACCUUGUUGUCACAAUCCUAUGAAAGAGGCAGCGUGCCCAAGUCGAAUGUGGAAACUCCGAUGCCUGAAAUUCUACCGAAAGAAACUCCACCUGCUGACAACAGGGAAACCAUUUCAGGUCCUUUGUCGGGCAGGCCUCCAAUUAGUCCUCAUCGGAGAAGUCCAUCUGGCGGUAGCAAGAUGUCUGAUUCCUACGGCUUUUCGAAAACGGGGAAUGCCAGCUCAACUGCUCCAGCGAGACAGCCUCCUCGAAACAAUAAUUCUCCUCCCAGACAAAUCAUUACGACCAAGGACCAAGAGCAGGAUAGCAACAUCUCCAAUCUCGCCGUGGCGAGUGGUCUUGGAGCAACCUAUGGCUUGGUGAGAACUGGAACUGUGCAGCCAGAACAAAAAACGUCGCCUGAAAGAGGAGAUCCAGAGAACAUGGCAAAGGUGAGGAGCAUGUCUGAAGAUGAUUCGAAUGAUUUUAUUGCCCCUUGGCCACCCAAUGCUGGGAAUAGUGCAAUGGCUAGUACGUUGUCGAACCCUUCGGCGGCCAAGCCUCGAGAUCUGGUAGACAGAGCUAACGCCGAUGACGCUGCUGGAGGUGAAAAACCGCCACCUCCAGGAUUCAUUUAUUUGUGUGGUGGCAAUCCAGCGCAAGAUCUAGAGUCUGGUGAUAAGGGCCCGGAGGGGAAUAGUCAAAGACGGAAUAACAGGCUUCUUUUCCUCAAGUUGGCUCUGGUUAUUCUCGUUCUGGCUGUUGGUGCUGCAAUUGCUAUGCUGAUUCUGAUCAUUCAGGAAAGCGACAAGCAAGAUCAAGUAUCUUCAAAAUCCAAUACAGCAUCGUCAGCAGCACCUGUGACAUUUCCUCCCAUCUGGAAUCCUACAUCUGCGCCAAGCGUAUUUCCGUCGCUGGUUCCUACCAUGGAGUUUGUGCCGCCUACAAUUUCAUCUUCACCUACGAGAUUCACAAGACAACCAACGGCCGCUCCAACGCGUGGACCACCGACAACAUCUAGACCAACGGUACGGCGAACUCCCGCUCCAACGACAUUUCCUACACAAAAUCCAACCAAGCAACCAACGCCACCGCCAACACCAGGGCCUACGCCACCGCCAACACCGCCACCAACACCAGGGCCUACACCAGGGCCUACACCCCCACCAACACCACCGCCAACACCACCACCAACACCACCACCAACACCAGCUCCAGUCUUGCAAACUUCAACCCCAACAGCAUCCCCAGUCUUGCAAACUCCACCUCCAACAAGCGCAUCACUACUAUCAGCGACACUUGCUCGUUUGAUAGGCGGAGCGCCUCAAUCAGAGCAAUCACUUGCGGAUAUAACUUCUCCACAGUACAGAGCUCUCAGUUGGAUAACGCAAAAUGAUGCAAACGUCGCAAGCUCGUCCGAUGCGGAUUUGCUUCAAAGGUGGACUGCAGUCACUAGCUAUUACUCCUUUGGUGGUGAGCUUUGGGCAAAUUCCAACUUUUGGUUGUCAAAUUUCAAUGAAUGCGGAUGGAAUGGUAUUUCAUGCAACGUUGAUGGCCGAAUAACUGGGAUCGUUUUGAGUUCCAAUAAUCUCCGGGGAACAAUACCAAUGGAAAUAUCACUUGCUUCAAAUUUGACAGACCUUCGACUUGACAACAACAAUAUUGAAGGCGGGCUACCUCCCAACCUCGGUCUCCUCACAAAUUUGAGAUCGCUCAAACUGAAUGGAAACCGAAUUUCUGGUAGUUUGCCAACUCAACUUGGAAGCUUGUCGCAAUUGACGGAAUUGGCUUUGAACGCAAACGAUCUAACAGGAAGAAUUCCCUCUGAAUUUGCUGGCAUGGCGGCAAUUGAACGAUUGGAUCUCUCUUACAACCGACUAAAUGGCGACGUACCAGCUUCAUUUGAUUCCUUGUCAGCAUUGACUAGCCUCAAAAUCGAGAGAAAUGGUGUGGUGGGAAAUCUCCCUUCUGAUUUUUGCUCAAGAAGCCCCCGAGUUCAACUCGCGGCUGACUGUGAGGAAGUUUCUUGCCCUUGUUGCACCGAUUGCUGCGUGGAUAAUGUGGGCUGUAUCGGGGUUUUGGAAAUGCCGAGCACACAACCUUCACCAGCUUAUGAAGGAACAAAAUUCACCUCCUUGAAUCCGACCAACACGCAGGUCGUAACACCUACCCCGACUGUUGUGCCAAUUACCUCUUCGCCAACAGUUUCCCCAGUGACCCCUGCGCCGACUAUUGCACCAGUCACUUCUGCACCAACUGCCGCGCCAAUAACCUCCUCUCCAACAGUUUCCCCAGUGACGGCUGCCCCAACAGCGGCUCCAGCUACCCCUGUCCCGACUGCUGCGCCGCUCACUUCUUCUCCAACGGUUUCCCCUGUCACAGCAGCACCAACAGUGGCUCCUAUAACUUCGGCCCCCACAGUCGCUCCAGUGACUUCUGCCCCGACUGCUACGCCAAUUACUUCUGCACCAACGGUGGCUCCUGUCACAACAGCACCGACAGCGGCUCCAGUGGCUGCUGUACCAAUAACCUCUGCCCCGACAGUUGCCCCUGUGACAGCAGCACCAUCAGUGGCACCAGUUACAUCUGCCCCGACAGUUGCUCCCGUCACCGCCGCUCCGACCGUUGUUCCUGUUACGUCUGCCCCGACCGCUGCGCCAAUAACCUCUGCUCCAACUGCGUCACCAGUGACUUCUACCCCAACAGCGGCCACAGUUAUCACACCUUAG